AAUUAGCGGGGUACACUCGCUGUUUGCUAUUUAGAGAGACCGAAGGAAGCCGCUUCGGUUGGCGGCUAGCUCAAAAAAAAGGAAAAAAGGCAACAAGCACGCUCAGAGGAUGGACUCGGCUCGCAGUGGGAAUGUUUGUAGGCGUUUCAUAAAUGGCUUUUGCAGAUUUGGCUCAAGAUGCAAGUUCAUACACGACAGCACCCCUAUACCAGCAUCCCAAAUAUGUCGUUACUUUCAGAAAGGUGAAUGUUGGUAUGGCGAACGGUGCAGGUUUUUCCACGUCCUGCCUCAAGUUGGUCCAGCAUUUGCAGGCAGAAGGGGUUCAGCGCCCGCAGCCUCGUCCUCCAGUAUGGCCUACUCUUCUGAAAGAAGAGGGUCAGAACCAGCUCUUCAGCGUGCUAACGUCUCAUCCAGGCAUCAAUGCAGUGGAUCACAGUCAGCAGUUGCCUUCAGUCCUCCGCUCCACACAAGGCAUCCGCCAGAAUAUAUUGUAGCCGACCGGUCACAAGAAAAUGAUAUGGCGUCAGCCCAGCGUUCAGACAUUGCUCAAGCAAGUGCAUGGCAGGGAACAGAUGAGGAACCCUCUAUAUCUGAGACAGCAGAAGAUGGAGCUACAGCAGCUAGCAAUAACGGCAACAACGGGGUCACAGGGGCUUUCUUGCAGAGCAAAAAUGUCGUCUGUGGGAUCUGUAUGGAAGCCAUCUACGAAAAGGAGACCGAAAGGGGUCGUGUUUUUGGGAUUUUGCCAAACUGCAAUCAUCCCUUCUGUUUAGAAUGCAUCACAACCUGGAGAAAAGUAAAAGACAUUGGAUCUGAUGUUGUAAGGGCUUGCCCACAAUGUCGAGUCAGGUCUGACUUUUAUGUGCCAAGCAAGUACUGGGUGGAAGGUCAAGAAAAGGAAAAAGUAAUAGCUGCCUUCAAGAAGAAAUUUAGUGAGAAGAGAUGUCACAACUUUGACAGAUAUGGAUACUGUCCCUUCAAAAAGGAGUGUCUUUAUCGGCAUGUCCCGGAUUCAACCCCUUCUGCGUUAUCAUAUAUCUUAGAUGACCUGGAGGAGGAGGAGGAUGAUGACGAUGAUGAUGACGAUGUUGUCGAUCUUGGUGGUCUGCUUGGAAUUUUCAUAAGCAUGAGGCUUAUUGGUGGUGAAGAUGCCGAGGAGGACCUUCUCUUUUACCUAACUGAAGAUCAUAGGUUUUGAGGCAUUUAGUUUUUUUGUUUUGUUUCUCUCCCCCCCCCCCCCCCCCCCAGAAGUCUAAAAGACAGUCACUCUACCUUUGACCACUGGCUCCGUCGUACUCUGUACUAAAGCCACUUUUUUGAAGGAGCCUAUCAAGAUCUGGAUGAAAUAUGUGCUCCUUCAUUGCUGAAUUUGUUCUGACUUUGAAAAAGGAAGCAGGUUAUCUCACCAGUGUUCUGGGGGGAAAAAAAAGAAAUUGUCUGCAAUAAUUUGAUUAGAAAUGUAUGCACAUCCAGACUCUGCUGUAGCUGUGAGGACGCCACAUUCCUCUUGUUGACGUCGGUUUUUGGGAUAGGCUUUAUUAUUUUUUUUUACCCUCCCAAAGCUGAGAUGCCUGUCUCCUCAUAUCAGAUUGCUAAAUUUAAAUUUAUUCCAUUAACUCUAGGCAAUCUUGACAUUUUAAAAACAUUGUGUGGUUGGUUUUAAAAGUUAAAGGUAAAAAGUGUACCAUUCCCCCCCUUAUUCUUCAAUUCUGAUACCAACCUUAAAAUAUUGCUGUAAUGUUUCCUAGUUUUUGGCAAGAAUGUAGCAUGUUUGGCUUUUAUUAUUUUUAAAAAUGUACACUGAAAAUAAAAAAAGUCACGUUUGUCUCAC